UACGUGAACCUGACCGAUUGUUUUCGAAGGUGACGUGUGCUGUGUGUGCUUUCACGCAGAAUUUUCAUUCGUAAUUUAAGUUUUGCUGUGUUCGUAACAGCAGUGCGUGUCGAUAACCAUGUUAAAAUACGGUAGUACACUUUUCGUGCUCUUGUGUGUCUUUGAAUAUGGCACGGGACUUUAUUUUCACAUUGCUGAGACUGAACGAAAGUGUUUCCUCGAGGAUAUACCAGAUGAAACGACUGUUUUAGUAAAUUAUAAGGUCGAAUUGUUUGACCCGAGAACCGGCGGAUUCGCACCAAGCAGCCCUGGAAUGGGCAUGCACGUGGAAGUUCGCGAUCCAGAUGACAAAAUGAUUCUUUCCAGAGUGUAUAGUUCGGAAGGAAGAAUUUCGUUCACUUCUCACACACCUGGCGAGCAUGUUAUUUGUUUAUACUCUAACAGUAGUGCUUGGUUCAGUGGUAGUCAACUGAGAGUGCAUUUGGACAUUCAAGUUGGUGAACAUACUAUUGAUUAUGCCAACACAGCUCAAAAGGAGAAGUUUACUGAAUUGCAGUUGAGGAUACGUCAGCUCCUUGAUCAAGUGGAACAGAUAACAAAAGAACAAAAUUACCAGAGGUACCGGGAGGAACGUUUCAGACAGACUUCUGAAAGCACACACCGCCGUGUGUUCUGGUGGUCUCUCACUCAGUCUGUACUUCUGGUAAUUAUGGGUGCAUGGCAAAUGAAACACUUGAAGAGUUUCUUUGAAGCAAAGAAAUUAGUGUAA